CAACAAAUCCAUAAAGAAGAACAAGAAAACAACCACAACAAAACAUCAGGAUUGUAAAACCACUGCUCAAACCCCGCAGCUUCAGGCUUUCAUUUAUUACUAUAUAACAAUCUCUGCUCCUAAAAAAAACUGUCAUAUAUUUAAAAAAAAGUCGAAGACAGAGGCAGUGGGUCGACUUUGCCUAAACACGAUGUUUGAGCUUUCAAGGUAGCCGUAGUGCGAGCACAGCAGCUUGGAGCGGAAGCGUGUCUCUUUCUAACCUGCUGCAGACUAGAAACAACGAAACGUUAACAACUAACCCGGUGAGCAAGGAUGUAUAAAAUGACAAAGGUUGAAGCAGAAGAGCCCAGAGAGCCCAGUUUGGUGUCCACUAUACCUGCAGCCUCCACAUCAGAACUGGAGCAUAAACAAGACAGCAAAGAUAUGUGCUAUCAGAUUGUUGUGAUUAAAGAAGAGGUUGCCCAUGACUGGAGCCAUGGCCUGGACCAGCAGAAGCCAGAACCCUACCUCAUAAAACAGGACAGGGAGGAAAUGUGGCUCAGUCACGAGGAAGAGCAGCUUACUGUGAAGAGUGAAGAUGAAGAAAAACCUCAGGUAUCACCGCUUUGUCAAAUCAAAACUGAAGAUGACAGCGAAACAGAAGAUUCAAUGAACAACUCAGCUGAGCAGAUGAAAACAGAACCUCACGAAGAGAACUGUGGAGGACCAGAACCAGACAGAAACCCAUUUCACUCUUCUCAAGAAAGUACGAUGGAGACUGACAAAAAAGACUUUCAGGUGUUGGUGAUUAAAGAAGAGGUUACCCAUGAAUGUGCCUCCGGUUUGGACCAACAGGAUUCAGAACUCCAUAGCAUAAAGCAGGAAAGGGAGGACAUGUGGAUCAGUCAGGAGGAAGAGCAGCUUACUGUGAAGAGUGAAGAUGAAGAGAAACCUCAGAUAUCAGAGCGUCUUCAGAUUAGAACUGAAAAUAACAGAGACACGGAAGAUUCAAUCAGCAACUCAGCUGAGCAGAUGAAAACAGAACCUCAUGAACAGGACUGUGAAGGAUCACAACCAAACAGAAACCCUGUUCACUCUUCUCAAGAAAGUACAAUGGUGACUGACAACAAAGGUAAAAGAUCUAAACUGGGUUCCAAACGAGGAAAACUAAUAGAUUGUACGGUUUGCAGACAAAGAUUUCCGCGGCCAUCCUAUAUAAAGAGCCACAAAAGUGUCCACUCAGGAGAGAAACCAUUUGUUUGUAGUGCUUGCAUUAAAGGAUGUUCAUUAAAACAGUCUCCAAAACGACACAUGGGUGUUCACAGCGAAGGAAAAGAGUUUAUUUGUAGUGUUUGUAGUGAAACUUUCUCUAACCAAGGAACUCUAAACAGGCACAUACGUGUUCACACAAGAAAGAAACGAUUAAUUUGUAAAGUUUGCAGUAAAGUAUUUUCAAAAAAAGGUAACCUUAAGACUCACAUGCGUGCUCAUACAGGAGAGAAACCAUUUGUUUGUAAUGUUUGCAGAAAAGGAUUUUCGCAGCAGUGCAAUCUAAACAGCCACAUGCGCGUUCACACAGGAGAGAAACCAUUUGUUUGUAAUGUUUGCAGUAAAGGAUUUUCACAGCAAUUUAGUCUAAAGAGUCACAUGCGUGUUCACACUGGAGAGAAACCAUUUAUUUGUAGUGUUUGCAGUAAAAUAUUUGCAUUAAAACGGACUUUAAACAGACACAUGCGUGUACACACAGGAGAGAAACCAUUUUUUUGUAAUGUUUGUAGUAAAGGGUUUUCACGGCAAGGCAAUCUGAACAGUCACAUGCAUGUUCACACAGGAGAGAAACCAUUUAUUUGUAACGUUUGCAGUAAAAGUUUUUCGUUGCAAUGCAAUUUGAAGAGACAUAUGCGCGUUCAUACAGGAGAGAAACCAUUUAUUUGUAAUGUUUGCAGUAAAGGAUUUUCACAGCCAGGUAGUCUAAACAGACAUAUGCGUGUUCACACAGAAAAUGUAGUUAAUCUGUAGUGUUUAUGGUGAAACAUUUUCAAACCAAGGGACCCUGAGCAUGCACAUGUGUUCACACAAGAAAGUAUUUUUUCUUUGCAGUAAAGGACUUUCACAAAAGGAGAAGCUGAAGAGUCACAUUCAUGCUCAUAAGGGAAAGAAACCAUUUGUCAUUUUUGCAGUACAGUAUUCUCAGCUUUUUUUAAACAGUGGUAUAUGAUUUUUGUAUCAAAUUUAUGUGAAAUGUCAUGCAUUUGUUUACAUAGCUGUUUUUCUGCUUCAGAAAUGUAGAUCUUGUUUUUUAGGUUUUAAAUUAUUACAACCAGUAAAACUGCCCUACAUGCUGCUAGAGAGACAUGCAGGCUUUACCCCAGGAAAUGGGGUAAGCCUGGCGGAGGGUUUGUUUGCGGAAUAUGUGUUUGUGAAAGCAGCUGACGGGCCAGGUCACAUGACCCUGUAUGGAAAGCUCAACGUGCAAACAAAUUUUACACACAAAAUGUUGAUGCUGACAGCAUCUUUUUUGUUGCAUUUUCUGCAUGAAAAUUUGAGUCCCACACAACUCGUUAACAGUAAGUUGUGUUAGUUUGUGUGCCCCUUUUGGACAAUGGCAGGCAUCUCACUGCUGAUUGGCUAAUGAGAUUUUGAGAUGAACCCCUGCACCAUGCAGAACGUUUGCCCCCAUAAUUUGUGGGAUAGAUUUCCCUGUUGCAUUUUUGCUUCUUUGUUUGUUUGUUUUUUUUGUCUUUUAUUUUUGCCACACUUCACUUUUCUACAAAAAAAAAGUCAUGCUAAUUUGCUUAAUUAAAAAUAAUAGUGUAUUGUAGAGCAGGUAAAAAAUCAACACUAUUUUUGGUUGUAUUUUUUAUUAAUUAAUAAAAUUAUGGCGAAACAUUUGGAUACCCCUGGUCUUACGGAUGCCGUGUCAGAGCUACCAACAAACAUUUUAUUGUAUGUACUGGUGGAUCAUUUCAUAUGUGUGGACUUUAAUUCGAAAUAAGUUAUUAUACAUAAUACACUAUUAAACAAUUUUCUAGCAGCUAGGACUGCCUAAGUUUUCCUUAAUCUGUUAUCUACCUAAAUGUUUAGUAGCCAACCAUGAGAGUAAGAAUUUCUAAGUGAUAUCUGCUACAAUAUAUAAUAUAUAAUAAUUUAUUGUAACAUUCUCUGCACUCAUCACUCUGUGGACAUGUAUGUUUGAAUGUGUAUGUGCACCUGUACAUUGCUUCUAUCUCAACAUGUACAUGACAACAAUGGGAAAUGUUGACUCCUACAUCCUUUGCACUCUGUUCAAUCUGUCCACGUGUUUAUAGUGCAUUCAGAUGUGUUUGCAAUACUGCAAACUGUUUAAUCUUUAUUACUGAAGUAUUGUGUUAUGGUAUUAUUGUACAAGCAAACAUAUAAUGAGCAUUGUACAAUUCAGAGUAAAAUUCCUUGCAUGUGUAUACAUACUGAGCAAAAAAGUCUGAUCCUGAUAUGAAUUGAACCAGUUUGUCCUGUAAACUGCAUUGAGAUUACAUGUUUUGCUAAAUGCCGCCAUAUUUUUUGGGUCAUUGCAAUAAAUUAUGAUCUGUUCAAUAGCGCUAA